ACACUGGAGGUGCAGAAAGCAGGGAACUACCUUGAGUCAUACUACUCAAAUUCAAGGCUCAAAGUUCCCGAAUUUCCCAAGAAGGCAGUGAUAGAGGCCACAGCUCAUCUCUCAAACUACCAAGAACUCUGCAGGUUCAAACAAAAAUGACAACUGUUCAAUUUGAUUGCCAAUACUGCACAGCAUCGCUUCUUGGGAAGAAGUAUGUCCUGAGGGAUGACAGUCCAUACUGUGUUUCCUGUUAUGACCAUAUCUUUUCUAACUAUUGUGAGGAGUGCAAAGAACCGAUUGAAUCAGAUUCCAAGGAUCUCUGUUACAAAGACCGGCACUGGCACGAGGGAUGCUUCAAGUGCACCAAAUGCAAACACUCUUUGGUGGAAAAGCCAUUUGCGGCCAAGGACGAGCGCCUGCUGUGCACGGAGUGCUACUCCAACGAGUGCUCCUCCCGGUGCUUCCACUGCAAGAGAACCAUCAUGCCGGGUUCCCGCAAAAUGGAAUUCAAGGGAAACUACUGGCACGAAACCUGCUUUGUGUGCGAGCACUGCCGACAGCCAAUAGGGACAAAGCCUUUGAUCUCCAAAGACAACGGCAAUUAUUGUGUGCUAUGUUUUGAGAAAGAGUUUGCUCAACACUGCAACUUCUGUAAGAAGGUGAUAACUUCAGGUGGCGUAACAUUUCGUGACCAACUGUGGCACAAAGAGUGUUUUCUGUGUAGUGGCUGUAGGAAAGAGCUCUGUGAUGAAGCGUUUAUGUCCAAAGAUGAUUAUCCAUUCUGCUUGGACUGCUACCACUAUCUCUAUGCCAAAAAGUGUGCAGCCUGUUUCAAACCUAUCACUGGUCUCAGAGGGGCCAAGUUUAUCUGCUUUCAAGACCGCCAGUGGCAUAGCGAAUGCUUUAACUGUGGGAAGUGUUCUGUCUCCUUGGUGGGUGAGGGCUUCCUGACCCACAAUAAGGAAAUCUUCUGCCGCAGAUGUGGCUCCGGGGCGGACGCUGACAUCUAGAAGGAGACAGUGUUUCUCCACCUGUAACCCACUCUGCCUUUGUCGUCACUAAAUCUAGAAC